AUGGAACAACUUCCUGGUUUUGAAGAUCCUAUUGUCCCAAACCAUGUUUGUCUGCUCAAGAAAGCUCUUUACAGAUCGAAACAAGCUCUUAAAGCUUGGUUUCAAAAGUUCAGUUCAUAUCUUCUUCACCUUGAUGCCGACUGGGCUGGUUGCCCCCUAACUAGACGAUCCACCACAGGUCUUUGUGUCUUCCUUGGCUCCAACUGCAUAUCAUGGUUCCCAAAGAAACAAAAUACAGUGACAAAGUCUAGUGCUAAGGUAGAGUACAGGUCGUUGGCUUCACUUGCUGCGGAGCUCACAUGGGUUACUUAG